AUGGUCGCUUAGCCGUUGGACCUUUGGAACACUAAAGAAGUGGGGAGAAAUGCUGGGGAAAGUAGCAACGAAUUACAAUUCCCUCGUGCCACAGGUUUAACCAGCCACUAGCCCAGACGAGAAGGUUGCGGAAAAUAUGUACUACGUCUUUAAGAUAAACCCUACCGACCAGAGGGUACAAGAAGGAAAUGAAAUCUUUCAGUACUUUCGUUUCCCUCUCGAAACGGUUAUUUUUGUUGCAUGUUACUUUUCUACUGAAAAGAGGAAGCUAUGCUCAGUUACUAAACAGGUGAAUCGUCUCUCCAAAUAUCAAGCUUAUAACAGUUAGCUUUCCUCUGUAACGUCGCAACCAAACGAAAGGCUGACCACCAGAUGGCAGAAGUGGCAGGAAAUGUUUACAGUGACGCUGAGCAGCCAACAGUUCUACCUGCUGGUGACACGGAGUUACUGCAGCCAGUCGGGCAAGAUGGAAACAUUCAAGGGGGGAUGGAAGACUUCCUUGGUCCCCACCCAGAGUAUGAUGAGGAAGAGGAGGAGAUUAAAUACUAUCGAAGGAAGAGGCUGGGUGUGGUGAAGAACGUGGUGGCGGCCAGCGUGGCUGGGAUGAUCACCUACAGCAUCUACAUGGGCCUACUCCAGAUGCAGCUGAUCCUACACUAUGAUGAAACCUACAGGGAAGUGAAGUACGGUAACCUGGGAUUGGAGGACAUAGACAAUAAGAUGCUGAUGGGAAUCAAUGUCACACCCAUCAUCGGCCUUCUGUAUACCCCUGUACUCAUCCGGUUUCUUGGCACCAAGUGGAUGAUGUUCCUGGCCUCAGGAAUAUAUGCUCUCUUUGUAUCCACCAAUUACUGGGAGCGAUACUAUACCCUGGUACCAUCGGCUGUUGCUAUUGGACUAGCCAUAGUUCCCUUAUGGGCGUCACUGGGGAAUUACAUCACCAGGAUGGCACAGCAGUACUAUGAGUUUGUGAACUAUAAAGAGGAGCAUGUGCAGGAGCAAAAGAAGACCCCUAAGGGAGCAUCGCACCGUUACGUCAUCAUCUUCCAGUCUGUCUUCUACAUCUUGUUUCAUCUAAGCCUUGUGUUUUCUGAGUUUCCCAUGGUGUUCUUCCUCAAUGGUUAUCUCUAUGACUACAACCACACCCUCUACAAUGUCAAGAGUUGUGGUGCAGAAAGUCACGGAAUGAUUGUGGGGCUCAAUAAGACAGUGCUGAGGAGUCUCCCCCCCUCUCUCUCCCUCAUCAAGUUGGAGAGCUUGCUGAUGGGGGCAGCCUUUCUGAGCAUGAUCAUUUUCCUUGCUCUGUGUGGAGCAGCGUAUCGGCCGGCGGAAGAGAUCGACCUGCGCAGCAUUGGCUGGGGAAACAUCUUCCAGCUGCCCUUCAAGCACCUGAGAGACUACCGACUGCGUUUGCUUUGCCCCUUCUUCAUUUACAGUGGGUUUGAGACCCUGUUCGCCAUCACUGGCCUCAUUCUGUCAUAUGGAGUGUGUUCUAUGGGUAUGGAGAACCUGUGGGUGUUGGUAGUUGUGUAUGGGCUGUCCUCCUCACUCUGCUCCACCCUGUCACUGUCUCUGCUGCGGCUGCCCCGCCCUGUGCCCCUCCUGGUGGGUGGGGCCGUGCACCUGGCUGUGCUGGUGGGACUGAUGUGCUGGUCCCCCACUCCCAGAAACCUUACCGUCUGGCCUCUAAUGCUGACACUGACCAUUGUGUGGGGUUUCGGCUCAGCUCUGAAUAAGACUGGCCUGAGCACUCUGCUAGGAAUGCUUUAUGAAGAUAAGGAGAGGUUGGACUUUGUGUACACUAUAUACCACUGGUGGCAGGCCAUUGCAAUUUUCAUCGUAUAUCUGUGGUCUGGGCUCCCCAUGAGGGCUAAAAUCACCAUUCUUCUAGCAACCUUGGUAACGGCGGGAUUGAGCUAUUGGUUGAUGGAGCGGCGGCUGGUGAAGAAAGUGCCCUAUCGGCUGCCCCGAAUCCCCCGGCCAAAACAUAAGGUGAAAGGCUACCGCUACCUGGAGGAAGAUGACUCAGAUGAGUCUGACUCAGAGAUGAGUGAGGAAGAGGAGGAGGCAGUGGGGGCCAGCGAGGACGAGACCAUUGGAGACCGGGUUUCCCAGGACUCCCAUUCCCCGGUGGGGGGAGUGGGUGAAGUCAGGGGACGGAGGAGGAGAAUGGAGGAAGAUGCCUAUGAACAGGCAGGAGGGGUGGAGGACUAUGUGCACACUCAGUGAAGGAGAGAGAGGGAAGGAGGGAGAAAGAGGGAGAGAGAAAGGGAGGAAAUGUUCUGAACCAUAUUCUUACUCCCCAGUAUCUUCAGUAGCACUGCCAAUCUGAGAUCAGCGCACAGCAUGUUAACUCAGCUAGCAAUAAGUGCUCAUCUGAGAUCAGUGCACAGCAUGUUCUUGGCACACAAUAACAGAAUGCUCAUCUGAGAUUGGAGAUGCUGCUUUAGAUGAGUGGGGAAAUUAAGACUUUCUAGAAUGCAGACAAAAUACAGAGAAAAAAUGGGAGUAUAUAAAAAGGUGUUGAGGAACAGGUGCGAAAAUGAAAAAAGGUGUGGAAAAGAGAAGUGUAAAUAAAAGAACAGAGAAGUGAUAACGAAUAGGCAUUUAGCUGAAAGCUGGCAGUGUCCAAGUUUAAAUGUGCAAUUCUGCAUAGAUAGUAUUUUUCUGCUUAAACUUUAAAAUAAUUUUGAAAUAUUUGGGGUCAAAAACCAUGCCUGGGGUGGCUGUCACAUGUUAAUUUGUUAACUUUUUGUGUGCGGAAGCGACCUAAGAAUAUUAAUGACUUUUAAUGUUCAAUAUGUCAUUGUACUGCUGUAUUGUUUUAGCAGAUUGUGCUAUUUCGCAUGUCUUAGAAAAUAAAUGUUUGUGUUAAAUCUAA